AUGACAUUUUCCAGCACAAUUGCAUCUGGCCUGCUCCUCGCUGCUUCCACGGCAGUCGCGGCAGCACUUCCCUCGAGCCACUCCUCCUAUGCACCAAGCGAUAAACGCUUCCUCUGCCUCCACUACCCCGAGACUCCCCAUCUAGCCCCGUCCUUCUUCGAGGCUCAGGGAGGCAUAUCCUCCUCGGACAUUACCUCCCUCUUCCAGUCCAUCUCCAUCCCACCGUCCGCCUCCGCAGCCGCCGACAUUGAGCUGAUCCGCGCCAUCACCGCCCUCUACGGGCUCGCCCUCGACGGCCGCAACUGGCCGGUGCUCAACCGCAUCGUCACACCCGACGCGCGCGCGAAUCACUCGAACCUCGGUGUCAUGAGCGGGCUCGAGGAUAUCAAGACACACCUGACUGCAGCGCUGGAGCCGGUGCCGUUCACGCAGCAUCAGCUCGGGACAACCGUGGUGCAGCUGUGCCGACACGAAGAUGCGACGCCCGCGGCGACCAGCCAUGGGGAAGGGGAAAGUGGUCGUCAGGUCAAGGCAGCCGUGUCCAUCACGUAUACUACCACUGCGCACUUUGCUGCCGGCCCAGACGGUGGGCUGCUGCCCAUGAUCGACGCGGCGAGUGUGCUGGCUGGGGGAGAUUCGGGCUGUGAUGCAGACAACGGCGGCGAUGGAGCCGCACUGGCUACCGACGGCGGAUGGAAGAUUCGUGUGCGCAACGCGCUGGCUACGCCAUCGGCCGCAGAUUCCGCAUCAAAUGACUUCCCUAUUCUCUGCUCGCCCUUUGACUCGGACUGGAGAAGCCACGGGCUGUUGCAACACGAAGAUAUAAGGACCAUCGCUAGGACUAGUAGCCUGCGUCAUACCGAAGAAGAACAACGAACGAGUCUUGGCUGGGUUCCACACGGCGAGUGUGGAGAUCAGUACGGACAGCCACACUUUCGCACACAGGCUGGAAGUAGCGCAUGUCGAUCCGACCUUGGUUGA